AUGGAGCUCAACCAGUUUCGCCUUGCUUCAUUGCUAGUUGCAACAGAUAGCGGGAAAGGAUUUCCAUGCUGUCUUCUUGCUUUCUUAUCGGAUGACUUCGGAAGAAUUGUCCGUGUAUGGUCUAGAAGAUUAUAUUGCGAUGAACAUUUGAAUACUACGCUUCAGAAAUCGAUUCCGCACUUCGACACACGCUAUAUAAUGACGGACGACACCAAUGUGUUUUACAGCACAUUCAAUUCAAAUUUCCCGCAAAGUAGAGCACAAAAAAUACUGUGUUCAUUCCAUAUAUCAAAAUGCGUCCAAAGGAAAUUGAGCGAGGCUCUGAGGGCUGAAGACGCAAAGUUAGCCCAAAAAUUGUUUCGUGAGCUUUUCCACGAGGCUAUUCCUGCUCGUUUCGAACAAAAGUAUGCUGCUUUCAUCACCUGGCUCCAUUCAAUAGAAGCUGAAGCCGCUGUCCAAUAUAUGGAGAGAUACUACCUGGUCGAAGGAUCGAAUGGGCACCGUGCUACCGAAGAGCUGCUCCAUUUGCGACGUCAACAUCAUGCGGAGUCAUGGCACAAUACGCUGAAACACACGCUCCUUCACGAGCAACAAAACAGUCGCUCAGACAAUCUUGUCUUCACUCUUGUAAGGCACACUGCUGAUCUGGAAAUGAAGCUUCUCUCACAGAGAGACGAGUACUCGCUGACAAAAGAGGUGAUAAGACGAGUUCAAAUGAAAACCGCUCUGAUAUGGAUCAAUUUGGAACACGCCCCGUGA